AUGGACGAGACCAACACAACGUUGAGAGAUUUGGUGCAAUGGACUUCGCCCAGUAUCACUUAUCUGCUGCACCCGCUGGUGGUGGCGGGCCACCGCCGAAGCGUGACGCCCUACAGCGGGGUGAGCUUCGUGACCGGGGCGGUUACGGGAAUGGUCGGGUGGGCCGACGAGGCCCGGCUGGUCCGACGGCAGACCGGCCUCUUCGGACACCCGGCCUACUGGGCGUGGGUGGGCGCCCUCGAGGGAGUGCUCGACGUCCUGCUCACCGCCGCCAGUCUCUCCGUCGAGGAGGUCGUCUGUCCGCCCCCGGUAGGUGGCGCUGCGGCAACCAAGAAGCCAUCGCCCUACGUCCACAACUGGCAGAUGGCUCUUCUCGCUGUUUCUGAGCGCCUGGUCUGGACCUUCCUCACCCGCCCCCUCCGCAUCGCCAGCAACCGCCUUCACGCCCAACUCCCUGGGCCUGAAGGCAAGUAUCCGCUUGAAGGGCUGUUGCACGUGCUGCGACUCUUGUGGGCUGAGGACGGACUGGCCGUCUUCACUCGAUCCUUUGGACCGGCUGCUGCCCAUGAAGUCGUCUCCAGCAUGGCGUUCUCCGUCUAUGAUGCCGCGGCGCCUUUCCGAUCGCUUGCUCUACAGAAUAGGAUCAGACCGUGGUGCGCCGACUGGAUAUUCAAGGCUGCGGACUUGCGAGGCGCAUUGGACUGUAUCACGAGGAUUUGGAACGAAGAGGGCGUGCCUGGCUUCUACAAGGGCUUUGUUCCUGAGCUGCUUACCGACCUGGCGCCUGCGGGAGUCCUGUUCUUGGCCGAUCUUGCCAUCAGUGCCAUCUUCGAGCCGUCCGUUCUCUUUGGCGUGUAG